CACAGCAUCAAUAUCUACCCUGGGUUUAUUCAUUAUUAACUGUCGUUUUCCUUCAUCAUAAUUAAACCUGCAAUUUUAAUCCAUCAAGAACAAGAAAUCAAAGAAGAAGAAGAAGAAGAAGAAAUUGAAGAAGAAGAAGAGAUGAUACUGGUGAAAGCCAUAAUGGGUUUCUUUCAUUCUCUGUUUGGAAGGGAUUGCAGAAGACGGCUUAGCUUCAAGCGCAAACACAGUGACGCCGGAGAAGCAGGGCGAGCAUUGGAAGAGCUUAGGAGUUCUAUACACAACGAGCUCCGGACAUCAGAGGGAGCCAGGCGACAACAGCAGCGAUUUUGCGGGCCAUUGGUGGCAAUGUCAUUCAAUUUCAUGGUUGCUGUUGGAAUAAUCCUCGGAAACAAGCUUGUUAUGGGUAAAGUUGGAUUCAAUUUCCCAAUCUUUCUCACUCUAAUCCAUUACACAUGUGCUUGGAUUCUUCUUGCCAUUUUCAAGGCAUUGUCCAUUCUCCCCGUCGCUCCUCCAUCCAAAUCCACGCCUUUCUCUUCGUUGUUUGGCUUGGGGGCGGUCAUGGCUUUCGCAUCUGGCCUUGCUAACACCAGUCUGAAACAUAACAGUGUAGGUUUCUAUCAAAUGGCUAAGAUUGCUGUCACUCCAACAAUUGUCAUUGCUGAGUUCAUCCUUUUCAGGAAGAAAAUAUCAUUCUGUAAAGUUUUGGCUCUUUUGGUGGUCUCGGUAGGGGUGGCAGUUGCUACCGUAACAGAUUUGGAGUUCAACAUCUUUGGCGCUUGCAUUGCAACAGCUUGGAUAAUCCCUAGCGCCAUAAACAAAAUUCUAUGGUCUAAUCUCCAACAGCAAAAGAAUUGGACAGCCCUCGCGUUGAUGUGGAAAACCACACCUAUCACAGUCUUUUUCUUGCUGGCUCUAAUGCCAUGGCUGGACCCACCGGGAGCGUUAUCGUUCAAGUGGAAUGCCCAUAACAUCGCCGCCAUUCUUGGAUCCGCCUGCCUUGGUUUUCUCUUGCAAUGGUCUGGUGCCUUGGCGCUCGGAGCAACAUCUGCAACUUCACAUGUGGUUUUAGGGCAAUUCAAGACCUGUGUGAUUCUACUAGGAGGGUACUUACUUUUCAGUUCAGACCCAGGGAUUGUGAGCAUAUGUGGAGUCAUUACUGCACUUUUUGGGAUGUCCAUUUACACACUCCUUAACUUGAAAGAGUCAAGAGAGAAAGCGGAACAAAUGUCAAAGCGUCUACUCUCUCCGAAGCCCACAGAUAGUAACACAGAUGAUUCAAAAGCAGAUCAUGCUCCGGCCCCGACUGCUGUCUGAGCCUUAUGUAUAAAAAAGUCAUGUUUAGAUUAUCCUCCUUGUACAAUGCUAGUCUCAUUUCCAAUGCUAACUUUCCUUUUGUUCUUCCAAUUUUUUGUUUCAUAUAAAAACAGACUAACUCGAACAUUGGUUUGCUAUUCUAAAUUU